CUGAGGGAGUCUUAGGCUUAGAGCACGGCCAGAAGCCUCCUUCUACUAACACCACUCUGCCUCAGCUACACUUGCUAACUCUUGCUGUUAAAAAAAAAUCUAAACUCUUAUGGGUUAUACAGCGCUAAAACAUAAACAUAAAACCAGUCAAGAUUCCAGGGCGUUUGUGAAGGACCCUUGAUUUAAGGAAUCGUUGUUACCUUCCAUGAAUCAGACUUGAUUUCCUCUUCAGGCGCUGUACAACCCAUACGGGUUUAGCGAUUUUCCAUGAAUAUGAUGUAAAGUUAUGAACGGAUGAAACUAUUUUCAUAUCGGCGAGUCCCGAGUUCGAUUCCCAGAUGAGCAGAGGUGUGUAACUCAUCAUGCACCUGCUGUUCCUGUUCACCUAUCAGUAAGUACCUGGAUGUUAGUCAACUUUUGUGCGUGACAUCCUGGCUAGAACCAGGUUGCAGAUAAGACGUAAAAUAACAUCUCUAAGGCAAUGAAAAUUAGCUACGUGGAUCUGUGUAAGUUACAUAACACCAGAACUGUUUACAUAACACUGGAUCUAUUUACACACCACUAAAAAAUCUUCACAGAACACUGAAAAUGUUUACACGGCACUAUAAAUGUUAAAACUGAUCAUUUAAAAUUUGUUGCUUAUUACAAAAAAAUAAUUAUCAUGCUUUGGAGAUUAUAUGGGGAAGAGUAGAGGAUUGUUUAGAGAGGAGUGAAGUUGUGUAGAGAAUUUUUCUCUGAUAAGUUAUGUUCUCUUUGAUAGGUGAUGUCUAUGCUGAAGGGACACCAAAUAUAAUCUGUAGAAAUACGAAUUUCACGAACAUUAAGAUAUCUCCUCUGAAAGAGGAGAUAUGUAAGUUACAUAUAUAUCUCCUCUUUUAUAUAAGUGGAAGUGAAGUAGGACAUGGGGGCAUCAUCUGUUGUAUAUUCAAAUUUUUACAUAAACGCGAAUGGAGUGAUCAAGAAGAAUGAGGGACGCUCCACUAGAUUGCUUCCAAUCUAAAGUUAAUUCGUUGCGACACGGGAAGACAGUUUCUCUCCUAUCCAACUAAAAAUGCUUGCCUUAAAUCAAUUUCCGGGGUUUCGACAUAAUUAUAAACAAUCGCUUCAGAGUUAAAAGAUAUUAGUUGUCAGGCGUCCAAGCUCUCGGUAAGACGUCACAUUCAUUCGGCAAGCAUUUUUAUUUUUUAACUUUUUUUUCUAUACAAAUAAAAUCAAAAGACUUCGAUUUGAGUUGUAGGAAUGGAGUUCAAGUCAUCUCCGGCGACAAUAGCGGCGCUGGUUAUGGUGUUGGCAGGAUUCAUAAUCUUGUGGAGUGACGACGUUCGUGCUACAUGUCAAAAAGACCAGAGGCUCUUGGACCAGACUUCGGCCGUGAUCUACGCCUUGGUGGAAAAUAUCACCUCUACAUCUUCCUCCCCCUUUGAUGUCACCUAUAAAGUUUGUAUCCUGGUUACGAGCGUGCUCAAGGCUCAUCAAGGUUUUUUUCAGAAUGGGGAACACAUUGUGUUGUGUCCUAACCUGGUCUUGUUGCGCUCUGAAAACGAGGGUGAUUUAGAAAGUAAAAAGAUGGCCCUUUCUUCACAGAAACCAUUAUCCAUCCAAUUGAAGAACCCGACGACCGUUUCCUUACAGAAACCACUACUGAAUCAUUAUGGCAAAACAACUCCCUCCCCUCAGCAAUCAACCCUCCACCUCGACUGCACGACUGUCCCCUUCCGCCUGGGACCAUCCAUCUCUCUUGAGCCACAGAAGAAGUACAUGUUCUUCCUGCAGGGCAACACUACAGACAGCUUGCAAUGCCUUCAAGCAUUGAAGUUGCCUAGCAUGAAGGCGGAUAUGAUCUACAAGUGCUUUGGAUCUCGUGACGAGGUGUUGAAGCGACCCUCCGUGGAGUUACAUGACGCCUGGCAGGAGAACCACCUAGUUGACGACGGCAGGGAACACUACGACGUGAUUGAAGGAGAAUCCGUUAACCUCACUUGCACCUACGAACUCUCGACAAUGUCAGGACAUAAAUCUCUAGAUUGGAUCAUACCAGACCACAUAAAAAACGAGACAGGUAACCAUAGAGUGUACCGGGUGACUGAGACCAACUCUUUGGUGACACGAACUCAGAAGAUAGUCAAAGCUGAUCCCAAGGUGGACUCUGGAGAAUACAAGUGUAUAGUAAAAUCUAGACAAAAAGAGUCACAACCCUACACAAUAGUCCUCAAUGUCAUAGGCAAAGACUGUGCACACGUGAAGCUGAGAAUCGACCAUCCCAACAUCACUCAAAUUCAGAGUUCUAUUUCUUGGACAGUGUUCUUCCGGGCGUAUCCAGAGCCACAAUUCACGUGGUUUAAGGAAGGUCAAGAGCUUCUCGACACAACCAAAAUAGACGGGAAUAGGCGUUAUAAACUUGACCACAUUAGGGAAGAAGGCAAAAUGCAUCUGACAAUUAAUCAGCCAGGUAUUGACGAUAUAGGACAGUACUCUCUCAUCGGCAAGAUCCUCAAGAACGGCACAACAGUCGCAUCAGACAACAUACAAAUGUACUUCACUUCACCAGAAGUUCCCAGGGAUGUAUUACUUACAAUAUACGAACCAAGCUUCAUGUACAAGUUCCAGAAGAGGGUGCCUUUGACUUGCGAGGCUAAUGGGUUCCCAAAGCCCCGGGUUAGUCUCGAGUUUAGGCAGUGUUUCAGUAAAGACAACUGCACCGACUUCUCACCAGUCGACACAGAUGAGAGUGGUUCCUUCAAUGAACUUUCUGAAGGUAUAUCAGUUGACGCUGGAAAUCUAGUGACGGAGAAGGUCGUGUGGAAGGGUCGGGCACAAGUUUCAGGAUAUUACAGAUGCAUUGCUGAAAACGAACUUCAGAAUGAAACCUCAAAAAUCCUGGACUUCAUAGUGACUGAUGCUGAUGACGUGACGUCCAAAGUGUCACUGGAGACUAUAAUUAAUGAUGAGAAGCAACUAGCACUUAAUAUUGUAGUCCUGGAGGGUGAUAACCUGACAUUCCGUUGUCUUGGUAACAAAGUGCUCACCAACAAUAAUCUAAAAUGGAAACUGAAUGGUCAGCCGCUUAAUGAACACCUGGUAAAGGACUGGAUGUUCAAUGUGACCGAGGCUGAUUCACAAUUAUCUUACAUCUCGGAGAUAAGUAUUCAAAACCUGACCAAGAAAAACGAAAACUUCACCAUUACUUGCAUAGAGGAAUCUGAGAAACAAAAUGUCACCCAGUGGAUUCAGAUUAAGCCUAUGGCGGCACCAAAGUGGAAGAAGGGCGUUUCUUCUCCUCUGUCAAACAUGAACCUUAAAGAGAUGGGAAACCUCACCAUGGAGUGCCCAGCAAACGGUGCUCCCACUCCGGAGGUCAUAUGGUAUAAGGAUGAUAAGAAAAUCGAUAAGAAGCAAGAACAUAGAGAAAUUAGUGGAAAUAAAAUCUCAUUUCAAAUUCUGAAGAUUACGGAUUCAGGCUUAUACAAAUGUGAGGUAACAUUAUCUGCAGGUAACCAUCGGAGUGAAGGGCCCGUCAGGGGACUGACCCCCGAAGCCCCUUUCCGACACCAAAAUCCUCAUCACGUGGGUUCUCUUGUCAUCCUGUUGGUGAUUAGUGUCGUCUUUUGCAGGAAGAUUUACCAGGACAGGAAACGAGCAUUACGUCUCCGGCUGAAGGAUCAACAGUUGUUUAAUGAAGGUGAUCCUGGAAGCCUGAACCCUGAAAUUGGAAUAGACCAACAAGCAGAACUUUUACCAUACAACACAAAAUAUGAGGUGCCACGAGACUCCAUUAUUUUUGAUAAAUUACUGGGAGCUGGAGCCUUUGGACGAGUGUAUCGUGCCACAGCCAUCAACCUGAUCCCUGGACAAUCUCGGACCACAGUUGCCGUCAAGAUGAUGAAGUCUCGAACAGACAGUGCCCAACUGAAAGCUCUAAGAUCAGAAGUAAAGAUCAUGAUCCAUAUUGGGCGCCAUGUUAACAUUGUCAACCUUCUGGGUGCCUGCUCCAAAGAUUUGGCUUCGAAAGGUGAACUACUACUACUUGUGGAAUAUUGCAAAUAUGGGAACAUUCUUGACUACAUGCGCCACCAUCGUAAAGAGUUUGUGAACCAGGUUAAUGAUGAGGAUAAGAUAGAUCCAUCUCUUACUGAAUAUCGGAUGAGGCAACGCAGUGGCUCAGGAUCAAGGUGUAGGACCUCUCGUGGGCUCAAGUAUGCCCAUCUAGCCUUCAACCAAGAUAAUGUGCUCUACACUAAUGGACAAACAUCUGAUUCAAAUCACUCAGGGCAGGCUCUGUGGGGGCGUCCAGUAUCACCACCACACACUCCUGGCAUAAACAGUGAAUCAGUGGGAACAUUCCGCACCAGAACCAUUUCUAAUUCCUCUAAUCAACACAUUACCUCUGACAUGAGCAUCCUUACCUAUGAUAGUAGUGGCGGUGCUUCUGAUGGUUAUCUCAGCUCUCGUUCAGUCGGCGCCCACCCAGCUGCCUUAUGUACCAAAGAUCUCCUUUGCUGGGCUUUCCAGAUUGCUAAGGGCAUGGAGUAUCUUUCAUUUAAAAAGGUGCUUCAUGGAGACUUGGCAGCCCGCAAUGUUCUUUUGGCUGAAGAAAAUAUUGUCAAGAUCAGUGACUUUGGACUUGCAAAAGACAUAUACAAAAAUGAGAACUACAAGAAGAAAAGUGAUGGCCCAGUUCCGGUGAAGUGGUUGGCAUUGGAAUGCUUAAGAGAUGGUGUGUUCUCCAUUCAGAGUGAUGUCUGGUCUUUUGGUGUAGUGUUAUGGGAAAUUUUCAGCCUUGGACAAAAUCCAUAUCCUGGAAUAGAUUUUGACGAGAAUUUUAUUGUCAAGCUGGAAAAAGGCAUUAGGUUGGAGCAGCCGAAAUAUUCCACCUAUGGCUUAUACCGUAUAAUGCUGGAGUGCUGGAACAGUGAUCCUUUAGAGAGACCUUCCUUUUCCAAUCUGGAACAGAGUCUUGGAGAGAUCUUGGGUGAGGCAGAGAAACAGUACUACCUGGAGCUGAAUGAACCUUACCAAAUGGAUAACACAGAAAGCAGCUUCCUAAACAUGUUGCAAAGUCCAGAUUAUUCCUCAAAAGUGCGUGAUGUAAGCCCAAAUCAUGGCGAAGAUGGAUAUGAAAUGCCCUUCAGUCCAAGCCCAUUUGAAUCUGUCUUGUCAGAGCAUGAAAUCUACAAUGGACAACAUGUUCAUACCCCACGUCAGACAUUCGCGCAAGCGAAUUUUCUCCAGCAGGAGGCUGAGAAAGGUAGUGGAAGCUCAGUUGGUGCUUACAUGUCAAUGUCUUCACCCACCAGAAAUGAUCAGAAUGUAUUUAACUUUGAUGAAGAUACUGUGACUUCUAUAACAAAGCGGGAUAGUGAAAUAGUUCCUGUAAGCUUUAAGAAUGGAACUGAUGGUGAUCUCUACCUGAAGAUGGAUUCUGCAUCAACACCAAAUAGAUUAAAUAGUCAGGGGAGCCGAGAAAAUUCCCCAGCAUUUGUCAGUAUUGGUGAUGUCCCCAAAUUUCAGAAAUAUCCCAGUCAAGAUUCUAGAAAUUCUGUUGCUCAUCGUCACAAACUGGUCCGUAGAGCAUCUGAGAUGGAAAAGCAUGACAGUGGUCUUUACAGUCCUUCAGUAUGUGUGCAAACAAACCCUAGCUACAUGGCCAUGAACAGCUUUCUUAAAGUUGAUGAAAAUAAUUAUCUUACCAGUGAAGAUGCUCAAAAUAUGAAAAGCUCUCAGGUGAAUCAGGACCAAGACGAGCGUUCAUACAUGAACUAUGAUGUUAUGAAAACCACAGCUCAAUCUCUCCCCAAAAAAUAUUUGAAAGAGCAAAAAUCAGAAGAAGAAUAUGUUAAUCUUCUUCCUGGUGAAAGAUUCAGAGACAGAACUAUAUCUGAAGAUUCCAGUGGAUUAGGUUCUAUAUAUGAAGAAAGUCCACCAGAGAGCAGAGCAAAACCUGAUUCUCUGAAAUACGUUAUGAAGAAUGCCAUAAUAGAGGAGCCAGUAGCUGCAUUAGUAGCUGUGUAGAGUACAGUAUGAACAUUUUAAAACAUAAUUCAUGUAUACUUUUGUAGAAAAUUAUAUGUCAAAUAUUUUUACUUUUAGAAAUCUUAGAUAUAAGUGAAUGAGUGAGGCAAGCAAAUAACAUGAAUAUGAAAAAUAAACAGUAUUUAUUGCACAGCAAUGCUAGUGGGUGUGAAGUGAAAAACAUUUUUUUUCUCUAACAAAAGUUUUCUGAAAGUAAUGGUAAACAGACCAUUGUCUUAGAUAUUAUAAAGUUUUAGGACAAAAUAAUGGUGAAUUGUUUGCACUUCAAAUACAGUAAACUUACUUUGGUCUGAAAAAUGACAACUAACUUACCAUAUUUGAUGCUCCUGUGUAAUAAGAACAUAAGAAAGGAGCACUGUAGUAGGCCUAUUGGCCCAUGCUAGGCAAGUCCAAGUCACACUUAAGAAAGCAGCACUGCUGUAGGCUACUAGCCCAAGAUAGACAGGUGAUCUUUCACUAAAACUACAUGAAUGUAGUUCUUAUACAUAUUGUUGCACAAGUAUCAGUCUGGGUAAGUAUUUAAAUAUUAACCCAGCUAGUGGAAUAAAUGUUUUUUAAAAUAUAUUAAAAUUAUUUUUAAUUAUCUUGAGGUUAUAGUAUUAGUAUUUAUAAUUCAUUAGUAGAGUACUUUAAAGCUUUUCAUUAUUUUGCUGAUUAAUUUAUGAAUAAGAAAGUCAGUUGUGAUGGCAAAGACUGAGUUGCUCCAUUAAUAAACAAUGUUUUGAGGGAAUAAGUGCAAGUAUAGUAUUUUAACAGGAAAUUAUAUAUACAGUGGAACCUCAAAUAUCAAACUUUCUUCGGUCCAGAAGGCUGUUCGAGUGCCUUUACUGAAUGAAUUUAUUCCCAUCAGGAAUAAUGUAAAUUAGAUUAGUCCAUUUCAGACCCUCAAAAAUACACUUAUAUGUAAGUGUAUUUAUGUAAGUGCGUUUGUACGUGUAUGUUUGGGGGUCUGAAAUGGACUAAUCUACUUCACAAUAUUUCUUAUGGGAACAAAUUCGCUCAGUACUGGCACCUGAACAUACUUCUGGAGUGAAAAAAUAUCGUUAACCGGGG